AUGGAGUGCAAUCGAGAGGAGCACAAUCGAGAGCAGAGCAAGAGAGAGGAGCGCAAUCGAGAGCAGAGCAAUCGACAGGAGCUCCAUCAAGAGCAGAGCAAGAGACAGGAGCGCAAUCGACAGGAGCACAAUCGAAAGGAGCGCAAUCGAGCACAGAGCAAUCGAGAGGAGCGCAAUCGCGAGCAGAGCAAUCGAGAGGAGCGCAAUCGACAGCAGCGCAAUCGACAGGACCGCUCAUUCUGCUGGAGCAGCACAAUCCGGAGCAGCACAAUCGACAGGAGUGCAAUCGACAGGAGUGCAAUCAAGAAGAGUGCAAUUCAGAGGAGUGAAAUCGAGAGGAGCUCAAUCGAGAGCCGAGCAAGAGAGAGGAGCUCACUCGACAGGAGCGCAAUCAACAGGAGCACAAUCGACAGUAGCGCUCACUCUGCUGGAGCAGCACAAUCGACAUGA